AUGAAAGUUUUCAACUUGAUAGGAGGGCUAGUCUUCCUCACCUCUGUGUUUUCGGCCUGUUCCGGAGAAAAUCCGAUAACUGUGCUGUGCUCCAUAGACUGGCUCAUGGUCACCGUGCACCCCUACAUGUUGAACAAUGACGUAUAUGUGCACUUUCAUGAGUUACACUUGGGACUGGGUUGCCCUGCCAACCAUGUUCAGCCCUAUGCCUACCAGUUCACCUACCGUGUCGCGGAAUGUGGCAUCACGGCCAAGGCAGUCUCUCAGGACAUGGUUCUCUACAGCACCGAGCUGCACUAUGCCCCCAAGCAUACGUCGUCUAAGUACGUGAUCCCAGUGUCCUGCACUGCCCCCCAACGUUCCCCGUGGCUCACGAUGCCCUGCUCCAGGGAAGUAGCCAGUGAGGGAGCCAUCACAACCCGGGAUGGUGAGACAUGCUAUGAGGUGUUCACCUUGUCACAGUCCAGCCAAAGGCCCAACUGUGAUAGUCCGCCUUGUGUCUUCAACGAGGAAGGGCAGACCCAGGGCCCACAUCACCAAGCAGAGGCUCAGGAGGCCCAUCUGCAGUUUUCUUCCUUUGUUAGUACUUCUGAGAAAUGGUGUCUUCGUCUGGAUGAUCAGAUUGCGUCCAUGUGA